AUGUAUUUACUCGAUACAAAAACUGCUUUGAUACACAUGAAUGAUGAUGAUGAAUGUGAAUCAUUACCAAAAAAAAAUUCCCAUGAUAAUCAUUAUCAACAACAUACACGUCGACGUUUACCAAAACGUUAUAGUGAUAUAGUUGGUCCAUCAUCAAAUAAAAUUUAUCUUCCAAGAAGAGAUUCAAUUAGUCGAAAUAAACAAAUAAUUCAUUCUUUAUCACAAUAUAAUCAUCCACGUACAUCAUUUAAAGCAAAAUCAACUGAAACAUUAUAUAUUAUUAAUUCACAUAAUAAAAAAUCUGUUGAUCUACUUUCAUCAUUAUCAAAUAUAGAACCAAAAGAACAUUCAAUUGUUACACGUCGAUAUAGUAGUAAAAAUAAACGUUUAUCAACAUCAAAUGCUGUUGAUCUUCUUGCACAUCGUAUGCAAGCAGCUAUGAGUACAGAAUUAAUGCAUUCACUUGAUAGAAAUUUUGUUUUUGGUGAUAAAAAACAAUCAUUAAAUUAUUCUCAUAUGAAUCGUUCACAAUCAUUUCAUAUAUCAACAUCACCAUCAAAUAAAUAUCGAGAUAAAUAUUUAGAAAAAGAACAUUUUUAUCAUGUUAUACCACGAGUAAAACAUCGUUUAGAUGAUGAACAAAAAUCUAUUGAAACAAUUUCAUCAUUAGAUGAAUUAACACCUGAUUAUGAUGAUGAUAUUAUUAUUCGACGAAUAAAUAAUAAUAAUAAUAAUAAUGAUGAAAUUGAUGAAGAACCAAUAAUAGAUUAUGAUGAUUCAAAAUCAACAUUAACUCCUGAUAUUGAAGAAAAACCAAUAACACCUCCAGCACUUUAUGAUCUUGGUGUUACAUCAUCUUUUAUUGUUCAACAAACAUCUAUAACACCAAGUAGUGAAUCUUUUACACAAGAACAAUCAUCUAUUCCACCAACACCACCACCAUUACCAAAUACAAUAAUACAACAAAAGAAAAUAACAUUUCGUUGUCGUACUAUUGCUGAUAAAAUAACAGCCGAUCAUAAACUUAUUUUAAAAGAUGAAAUAGAAACAAUAACAGAAGUUCCAGAAGAAAAAUCAAUAGUUCCUCAAAUUGAAGAAGAAUCUUCAAAAAAAUCUUGUUCUAUUGCAAGUGUUACACCAAAACCUUGUUAUUUACAUUUAUCAAAAGAAAUAUUAGAAAAAACAACUUUACGUAAAGUUUCUCAUCCAGUUUCACGUUCUUAUUCAACUUAUGGUUCAAUGUCACAAUUAAAUGAUCAAGAUACAGAAUCAACAACAAUACGUGAAAAAACUUCAAUUAAUAAUGAACAAUCUCUUGAUGGUUUAUUAUCAUCAGCAGCAACUUCAAUUAUUAUUGAAAAUGAAUAUGAUCAUCGAACAUCAUCAAAAAUUUAUAAUGAUUAUAAACGACGAGCAUCAUUAAUAACAGUACCAACAAAUAAUACUUUAAGUAGUAGUUAUAGUCAUUCUGCUAUAAUACAUCCAAUGCAUACACAUAUUGGUGUACGUUCAUCAACAUCAUCAUCUUCGAAUGAUAAAUUAAAUGAUAAUACUUUAUCAAAUAAAAAAAUGAAUGUUUGUGUUAUUAAUCAACUUAAUGAACAUUUAUCAACACGUUUUCGUCAACAACAACAACAAGAUAUAUGUUUAACAAAGAAUAAUAAUAUCAAUUCAAGAAAUACAAUUGAUCAUCAAAGUUAUGAUCCACCACCGGAACAAAUAACAGAUGACAUUCAAACAAAUCUUUAUGAUGAACCUCAUCAUAUUGAAAUAAUAAAUACACCAGCAAUAAAAUGUCCUGAUAUAUCAACACCUUCAAUACCACCACCACCACCUCCAUUACCAGUUGGUGGUUUUCGACCAAUUAUAUCUCAAAUAAAUCGUCCAUUAAGUUCUCAACGUACAUCAAUAAUGACAUUAUCACGCGAAACAAAUGGUGCUGAACUUGGAUGUAGUACAGGCACAUCAACAACAUCAAGUAAAUUAUCUGAUGCACGAAUUCUUCGAGAAUUACGUACAAAUCCAUUAUUUGCAAAAGCUAAACAACAUCUUGAAAUUGAAUCUGAUAUAAAUAGUCGACAAUCAAAUGAAUCAACAUGUUAUUUAAGACUUGAUAAAUGUUCUAAAGGUAUUUCAUCAACAAUUGAAAAUAAUAAUUCAAAUGAAUCAUUAAAUAAUAAUAAUAAUAAUAAUAAUGUCGAGACAUUUAUAAUGUGUCCCGAUGAAUUAAAUGCUAUGAUGAAUAAUACAACGAAACGAACAAAAUCAAUGAACAGUACAACAAAAGAUAUAAAUCGAAUUAAUUCAAGAACAUUGACGAAAUCAUUUCAUCAAACACAAUGUCGACAAUCAGAACUUGAACUUAUCUUUCAAAAACGUGCACAACGAAAUGAACAAAAUCCGACAUGA